UCAAAAUGAAGCUUUGCUUACAUGUUUUACUUUGUUCUUUUGUAUAUUACUCUUUUGCAAAUGUCAUCACUCCAGUCCAAAAUGAGAUGUACAGUGAAGAGGGAGAAAAUGUAACUCUGUCCUGUAACUACUCUUCAGCAAAUACUUUACAGUGGUAUCGACAAUAUCCUGCAUCAGCUCCUGAAUAUCUUUUCAUCAUUCUACAUGCCACUGGGAAAGUUUCACAAAAGUCAGAGUUUGUUACUCUAGAUACUCGAUUCUCUGGAAAAGUGAAUGAAAAGAAAGUGAUUCUGGAGAUUUCCCCAGCUAAAGUAACAGACUCUGCUCUUUACUACUGUGCACUGACGCCCACAGCAGGUAAAACAUUAUCAGUUAAACUAGGAAUCCACAUCACAGAUCACUGGGAGAAGCAGCAGAUGUUUGAUUUAACCUGUACUUUAUCUACUGCCAUGUUUGCUUUUAUACUUAUAUUGCUGACUUUAACUGAAGGAAACAGAGCCAGAGAUGUUAUCAUGCCGUAUAGCGAUGCAAUAAUUGCCACUGAGAGUGAGAAUGUGACACUCUCUUGUAACUACACUGGUUCUGUUGAUAGUCUUCACUGGUCUCGGCAAUACACAGGUUUGCCUCCACAGUUCCUUAUACUGGAUUACUCAGGAUUUAUUAAUGAAGCUCGUCCUCCAGUUUCUGGAAUCUCCAUCAAACACAGAAAAGAAAGCACUAGUGUGGAUCUAGAGAUCUGCUCUGCUGCAGUAUCAGACUCUGCUCUAUACUACUGCGCCCUGCAGCCCACAGUGACAGGAAAAACUCUUCACACCAUAAAAAACACGACUCAGCAGUUAACAACACAUAAUCACUAUACAUUCUAUGUUUAA